AUGUCUGACCCCAAAUCCUAUACUGCAAGCUGCCACUGCGGCAGCAUCAGACUCUCAUUCGCCACGCCGACACCUAUCGAAGAGACCGGGGUGGUAUCGUGCAACUGCUCGAUCUGCCACAUCAAUGGCUACCUCCACACCCGCGUCAACGCAGCGGAUAUCACCUUCGAGAGCGACGGGGACGCGCUGAAGGAGUACCGGUUUGGAUCGCGCAAUUACCCGCACUACUUUUGCGGGAAUUGUGGAACGAGUGUAUAUGUUCAGUGCCAGAUUCCGGGGACGCAGUCGGCCACAUCGAUCAAUGUGCGCACGAUUAAAGGGCUUGAUACCAAAGGGUUGAAGGUCAAGGAGUACGAUGGGAAGAGCCUAUAA